CGCAUUAACUUGAAAUUUUUGGUGAAACUGAACAAAACAGCAGCUGAUUUUUUCCAUAUAUUGUAUGGGGAACACUGCAUGUCACGUGCACGUGUAUCUGAAUGGCACAAAGGAUUUAGUGAAGGCAGAGAGGAUGUCCAUGACGAUGAACGUUCUGGGCGCCCAUGCACAUCAAAAACUUCUGAAAACAUUCAACAAAUUGAACAAAUCAUUUGAAAUAAUCGACGACUCAGUAUAAGAGUGAUAGCAGAACUGGACUCCAUUGAUAAAGAGACAGUUCAGCAAAUGUUGCAUGAAAAUUUAAACAUGACAAAGGUGUCCCAAAACAUCUAACUGCUGAUCAAAAGGAAAAGCAGUUUCUGGCCCAAAAACAAAUCCCAGUGCUUGAUCACCCUCCCUGUUCACCUUCACCAGUCUGUGUCAGAAGUUAAGAAAAGAACUACAGAG